CUCUCUCUUUCUCUUUCUCUUUCUCUGUGUUUUUGUUUUCUUUUUUUACUUUCACUUUCUUUCUCUCUUCUGAAUAAAGCAUAUAAGACCCCGCGUGAACGUUCACUCUUCUCUCACUCGCUCGCUCUUUCGCUGUUUCUUUUCUUUUCUUUUGUUUUCGUGUUCUGACUGUUCCAACAUCAAUAAACACAACAGGAUAGGAUAUUCGUGUAGCAGUUUCUCGCUUCAUGGAUCCUGACGUCGUUGAAAUUCCUCCCCCAAUUCAUCGUUCUUCCAGAUUGAUGAAGCAGAAACAGGCCAUUUUGCAUGACGUGAUUGACAUUGACAAUGAUGAUGAUGAGUCUGCGGAUUUAGUGAUAAUUGGUGAAAAAGUUGGUAAAAGUAACAAGGGGAAGACAAUUGAAGCCGUUCAUGAUGGUUAUAGUGAUCAUCAAGUUGUGGAAGUGUCUGAUUAUACUUUUUUUCAGCCUGAUCUGGAAAAUUUUGGAGCAGUUAGUGGGAUUGGGUCUUCUAAUGGUUACCCUUCAGUAUCACAUAAUCUAAUCAAUGUUGAUGGUCAUUGUUCUGAUCAAUCAUAUGAUGAUGAUGACUACAUUGAUAUGUUUACAGAAGAUUAUAUGGAUGUAGAUGAGUAUGCUUUAUUACAGGCACACUUUGAUAAUGUGGAUAUACCUCCUGGAAUUGAGGCUCCUUUUACUUGGUUGCCAGAAUAUGACUUAGGUUUGAACAAGGCUGGAAAUAGUACAUCGUAUCCUUGGUGUCCUACGCAAUCAGAUGCUAAAAAUAGUCAGGUGUCGGCCUCCUCUAAACCUUCAUGGUCAUUAGAGCCGACUAACUCUAAAAUCCAAGGAUCUUCAGCGGGUAGUCCUAAUUUGCAAAUCAAAAUGGAUAAUGUUCAUCACUCUUCUGGAACAGAGUUGUCUUCUCCUCAAUUAUUUUCUCAAUCUGCCCCUAGUAAAAAGAAAUCAUCUACUUCACAACGCAGAGGGCGCGAUUUGAAUCUUUCAUUAGGAGUAGAGUCAUCUAAGUCUCAUUGGUUUUUGGGACCUUUCCAGAGUAAAAAGAAGCCUGCCACUGCUGGUGCUUCAGCUAACCAUGGUUUUGUUGAUAAUUCAGAGGCAUUGAAGCUGCCAAAUGCAGGUCAGCCACCAUAUUCGCGGCAAUUUAAAAGUGCUAAGAAACCAGGUGGUAGUAGCAGUUCAUACCAGUCAAAUUUCAUUGGACAUCAUGGAUUAUUGCAUCCUCCAGGAAUAGAAUCAGAAAACCCUUGGUGGAAGAAUUCCCAUAAUUUUAAGCCAUUAAUUAAUAAUCAUACAGCUAAUCCAAUUUAUUAUCCAUUUGAUCCUCUUCAUGCCCCUCCUGAGCAGGUGUUUGAUAACACCUGGGUUCACACUUCUGCCAGAGAUGGAAAUAAUAGAACAGCUGUGGAUACACCUCUUGUGAAUAUCUCUGAUGAAGUCAAAGAUGAAAUUCUGAAGAAAUUCCGAAGUUUUAAAAAAUUUGACACUGUUGAAGACACUUCAGACCAUUACUUUAUUCGCAAUAAUUCGAAGCAGAAUCCAAAAAAUUGGGCUAAAAAAAUCCAGGAAGAGUGGAAGAUUUUGGAGAAGGAUUUGCCAGAUUCAAUAUUUGUCAGAGUUUAUGAAUCAAGGAUGGAUCUUUUGAGGGCUGUGAUUAUUGGAGCAGAAGGAACUCCUUAUCAUGAUGGCCUUUUCUUUUUCGAUGUUUUCUUUCCUAGUGGCUAUCCCAAUGUACCGCCGCAAGUCCACUACCACUCUGGAGGUCUUCGGCUCAACCCAAAUUUGUAUAAUUGUGGCAAAGUAUGCCUUAGCCUACUUAACACCUGGUCUGGCAACAAGAAUGAGAAGUGGCUUCCUGGUGUUUCAACAAUUCUGCAGGUUCUAGUCUCUAUACAAGGUCUUAUCUUGAAUACUAAGCCUUACUUUAAUGAACCUGGAUAUGCACAUAUGAGUGGUUCAGCAAAUGGUGAAAUGAAGUCCCUGCAGUAUAAUGAGGACACAUUCAUUCUCUCAUUGAGGACAAUGAUGUAUAUGAUAAGAAGGCCUCCAAAGAAUUUCGAGGACUUCGUGUUGGGGCAUUUCUGCAGCCUAGCUCGUGAUAUUCUGGUGGCAUGUAAAGCAUACAUGGAAGGUGCUCAAGUUGGCUGUUUGGUCAAAGGUGGGGUUCAGGAUGUUGAUGAGGGUGACAGAAGCUGCUCAAAGAGAUUUAAGGAGUCUUUAACUGGAUAUGUGAAUAUGCUUGCUAGAGAGUUUGCACAGAUUGGAGCUAAGAACUGUGAGACAUUCAUGUCUCCAGCAACAACAGUGAACAAGCUGAAAAUUUCCUGAGGCUGCAACCUGAAAAUUUUCUUGGAAAACCCAAUUUUGAGACUAGACACAAAAGGCUUAUUACAUCUAUUGCACCUAAUUUGUUUUAUAUUUGAUUAGUUAAACUCUUGUUAUGAACUAUCUUACUUUUCAUGAACAUUGAUUGAACAAUGCCUGCACAUAAUUGUAUAUAGUUUCAGAUAAAUAUUUAAUGCAUUAU